UUUAAAUACAAUAGUUCACACUAAGCAUGGAUUUUGUUCCCCUGAGUACCAAGACUUUUGUCAGAGACCCUCCUUCGAUAGACUGAAAUUAUUCAAAAAGUCUAGACGAAGACUGUAUUUUGAGCCAAUCAGCAUUGAAAGCAGAAUCUCACAAAUAACAUUGGGUUUAAGGCAUUGGUCAACUCUAGCAAUGAAGAAAUGAAAGAAAAUAAUCCAGGUGAGAAGUCAGCAAGGAAAUAUUCACAAGAAUCUAAGCUAUUGCUUCCAAAGUUUUAUGUCAAUGAAAACAACCUGAAAAUGGUAGGGAACAAAAAGAUUUCUGAGACACAUCAAAACUGAAUUCCUUCACCGAUCCUCCCCGUGGAAUGCAGGAAUCAUAAAUCUCCUCGAGUAAACAUUAAAGAGGAGAGUAAACUAGACAAUGAGAUCCCCAAGCUCCCUUCAACUGUAAAGAAGAUGCCCAGAAGUAUCUUCUUUCUAGAGGAAUCACCUGAAAGAGAGAAAAGCCAUUCAAGCCCCAUGUGAACUCCUCAAUUCGAAAAGCGAAAAAUUUAUGGCGCCAUGAAUAUCGAAGAACCUAUGGAGAUGUGUAAAAUUGAGGAGCAAGUACUUCCUCCCAAACCAAUGCCUAACUCCUGAAUAAAUUUUUAUGAACGAAAAAAUCUUCUUCAGAAGGAAAAUUCGAAAGAGGAUCAUGAAGCUCAAGAAAAUAUAGAGUUUAAGUAUGUUGUGGUGAAAAAUCUCAAAGAUUCGUCCAAUUAUUUCAGGUUUAUUAACAACUGAUCCCAGUAUAUGGCUAAGCUACAGAAAGAUAAACACUGGGUAGAUAAGAACAAGAAUAAAAAGAUCUUAGAAAGCGUACAAAAGAAGAUAGACAGCAGAAUCAAUAUUGACUUUUCAGAUGCUCUUCACGUGAUGAAUGAUGGAAAGAGAUUCGUCUUUAUUGAGAUUGAAAAUACUAUCUGUAAGGUAACAGAAGAGCCUAUUGAAGAAUGCUCAAUCAAUCCUCUUGUUAUUACAUUGUCUAAAGGAGCAAAGGGCCACAAAAACAAAGCUAAAAGGAAAUUUUUCGUAUAUAUUCGGAAAUUUGGGUUGGAAUUUCUCGAAUUCUUAUGACUAAACCAUGAGGUGAUCUUGUACACCCACCUAGAAAAAGACAUCACAGAAGGACUAAUCAGUACAUUUCAUGAAUGGAAAGAAGGGAUCGAUUUCGCAUUUGUUAUAUGAGGCAAACCGUUUUAUAAAUAGCAUAAGUAACAAAAUCGGUCCGAUUAAAUCCCUCAACAAGAUAAUCCCAUCUAUGGAAAAUCUCGAUAUGGAUGAAGAAGAGUAUACAGAUUUUAUCAAAAGCAGAUUCCUUAUCCUCGACUGUGAAGUCUUAAGCUACCUCCAGAACUUCGAAGAUAUACACGUUCCUAUCCUCCCAAUCAAAGUCCAGGACGACCUCUGGCUCUCCUCUCUCAACAUGCCUAGAAUAAAACCGUCCUCCUCAUACAACAAGAUAAAACGAAAGCACCUCCAACGGCGUCAGUCCAGCCUAAAAGACCUCCAAGCCUCCACUCCAUACUUCACUUUUGAAGAAAGCCUAAAGAACCACUGCUUAUUCUACCUAAAACAGCUCCUAUCUCAAAGCCUGGGUCUCGCCCAGGACAACUCAGAGCUAUUGAGAAGUGUAAGCAUUAGUUGACUUGUCAACCAUUAA